CUGGUGGUCGACGACGCCUAUCCGUGCAUCGCGCACGCUGCGUUCGACCACGAGCAGGCGAAGGAGCUCAGCACGCUGUACACGCACCUGAUGCUGGAGCGCGGCUUCCUGGCUCCGCCGGUCAUCUACUGCUCGGUGGCGCACACGGAGGAGGUGCUCGACAAGUACGAAGCGGCGAUGGUGCCGGUCAUGGCCGAGCUCAGCGACGCGAUCCGAAAGGGAGACAUCGCCGACCGGCUGCGCGGCCCGCUGCCCGUGGAGGGCUUCAGGCGCCUGGUCCGCUGA